UGGUACAUGCCGGCCGCUGCCACGCCGGGAAGAGUCUUGCUUUGUAAUGGCCGGUGAGGAGGAGGUGCAGGUGGUAGAGUCUUGCUUUGUAAUGCCGGCCGCUGCCACGCCGGGAAGAGCGCUGCGGCUGUCGCCGCUCGACCUCAUGCUGGCCAACAAAGGCCACACCCCACUUGUUCAUUUCUACCGUCGAUGUGGUUCCGUCGGAACCACCAAGGACGACUUCUUUGAUGUGGCCAGGUUGAAGACGGCAUUGGGCAAGGCUCUCGUGGCCUUCUACCCCCUAGCCGGCCGUCUCAGGCCGGACGCCAAGGGCAAAUUGGAGAUCGACUGCAACGGCGAGGGUUUACCUUUCCUUGUGGCUCGCUCUCGUCUAACUGCUGAUGACUUUAGAGACUUCAAGCCAUCACCAAGGCUAAGGAGGUUGUUUGUUCCCCUCGUCGACGACUCAGCAGGCAUCUUGUGCGCCAUUCAGGUGACAUUCUUGAAGUGUGGAGGGGUGGUCUUAGGGACGGCGACGCACCAUGGCGCUGUGGAUGGAACUGCCGCAUUCCACUUCUUCCGGACAUGGUCAGCUUUCUCUAGGGACGGCGACCGGGCUGUGGUGAACCUCCCUUACCAUGACCGCACCCGCUUAUGUGCACGCGACCCACCCAUUGUUCACCCCGACGCACUCUCAACUUUUUUCCCCAAGAUAAUCCUAUCCCGGACUCUGGGGCCUGUUGUCAACGAGGUGUUCACUCUUCAGAAGGACCAAGUUUCCACUCUUAAGCACAUUUGUGGUGGCGCAAGCGUGAGGACCUUCAGUGUCGUCAGUGCCCAUGUGUGGCAAUGCAUGUGUUUAGCCCGACGGCUACCACCGAACUCCACAACACGCUUGGCUUUUGUGGCCAACAUCCGGCGAAGCAUGAUGCCGCCACUCCCGGAUGGCUACUUUGGCAACGCGUUAAUAAAUCUAAGUGUUGCCGACGAAGCGCGGCGCAUUGCCUUGGGCGAGCUGGCCUACAUCGCACGCCGAAUCAGAGACACCAUCAGCCGGGUGAAUGAUGAGCUAGUGCAUUCGGCGGUCGACUACCUUGAGUUGGCAUUAACAAAGACAGACAACAGCACUGCUUUAGGAAGUCUGCCGGCGACAGAUAUGCGAAUGGUCAGUUGGCUUGGCAUGCCAUUCUAUGAUUUGGAUUUUAGUUGGGGAAAGCCAUUAGCUACUUUGUGUGCUGAAUCGAACCGUGGAGGCUUUGCGCACCUGCUGGAGAGCGUGCAGGGGGAUGGCAGCGUGCGCGUCAUCAUGUGUAUAGAGGCUGCAGUUCUCAAGGAGUUCGAGUGUUUGUUCUAUGCCAAGUCCGGGGCCAUGAUGUAUUCCAAGUUCUAGCCAGCUCCAAAAAAAUUGCCUUUCCCUUUGGGCAUGCCUAUCUUUGUUUUUAUCUAAGUUUUUGUCCAAUAAUUUAGUCUUGGUUAAUCCAGAUCUAGUAAUAUUCUGUAUGUGUAUCCGAGACAUGGGCAACUAUGUUGUUGCGUUUAUUUCAUUGCUGCUAUUUUUCAUGAGUACCCGAGCUGAUGAGAAGCUGAUGUCUAUGUGCUUGUAAGGAAUCUUACGACGAAAAUGAUGCUGGUCUGGUA